CUGCAAACAAAGCGUGUCUUGAGAAACCAUUAUAUAUUUCUCUCGAUCCACUGUUCCUGCAAAUCAUAUUUUUCCCAACACUUUCUCUGCCAGGCACGCUUUUCACCUACCUCGCCCCUUGCAAAGUCUUGAUCGAAAGUUUUCUGUUAUUUUGAGAGAAACUUUAGAUUAGUUUGGCUCUUGCAGAAGCUGUAAAGUACCAGAAAGUAGAUUAUGUCGGCUUCAAGAUCAGGUUUUCUUUGUUCUGGUAUUCCCGAUGGAACUUCUCGCAGAUACCCUGUUUCAUUUCGUAAUCCUAGUCGUGUUCUGAUUACUUCAAAGCGCGAUAUCAGAAGCUGUUUUCUUGGAAACGGCCGGAGUGUUCAGUUUCUCAGCAUCGGCCUGGGAGAUCUAAUUGCCAGCAGUACAAAGCUGGGGGACAUGGCUGUUGAUAGUAGUUCACAACCAGGACCUCUGGUUCCUUCUGAUCCUUCUCCUGAUUCAUGGAAAAUCUGGAUCGUUGGGGUGAUUGCGACUGUGGUUCUCCCAUUUCUGGGGAUCAAAUUUGGGCCGUUCAUGAAAUUUAGAAAGCAAGUUGACUCGGCAGUGCAGAGGGCAGAAGAUGUGGUAGAGGCCGUAGAAAAGGUGGCUGAGCAAGUGGGGAAAGUUGCAGGAGACAUUGCCGAUGACCUCCCGGCCAGCGGCAAACUUAAAGAUGCUGCAACUUUUAUUGAAAACUUGGCCAAGGAAACAGCCAAGGAUGCCCAUCUUGCAGAUGAACUAAUUGACAAGGUUCAGGAAGUGGAAGAGAAGGUGGACUCAUUCAUUGAACCUCAACCAGACGCUGAUCAAGUGAAAGUGACGCCUAAAGAAGCAAAUGGUCAAAAGCAAAGCUAGAAAUAGCAUUACAGAGCCCGUGGUGGCCUUGACAUGUACUUUGUUGAACAGAAAAUAUUAUUGAAAUGAGAUGCUUCAUCCUUAUCUCUCUAAUUGUAGCUGCAAUUCAAUUAGAUAUUCUUGGAUUCAGUAUUCAGUCAUAAUCAUUGUUAAAGAUGGAAAUUAUUUCCAGUCAUAAUACAUAAAUAAAGUACAAAGAUUUAACCA